GCGGAUCACUUUGACUACAGAAGACACUGAAAAGCCAAAAAAUCUUAUAAUUCCUAGAGUAACAAUAAGUAUUUUUUUAACUACACGUCUCCAUAGCCUUCACUUAUAUAGCUUUUAUAUUAUAUAUAUAUAUAUCACCAAAAUAAUCACGAGAGAACACAAGAGAGAAGGACAAAGAUCUAACAUUGGAUUAUGCAAUGUAGAGAUUCACCACGUUUUAAGGUAGCUUUUCUUAUUUUACUGAGCCGAAUUUUAGACAAGUUUACGACCUUAUAGAAGAAACAUAAGCUUAUUGCAUAGCAAGCAAAAUUGCUGAUAAAUAUGGGAAUGGAAGGUGAUGAGAAAUCCUUCAGAGACAUGUAUACCAAUAAAUACAUUCUAGCUCCUAUGGUACGCAUUGGAACACUGCCUACACGACUCUUAGCCCUUCGCUAUGGAGCAGACCUUGUGUAUUCAGAGGAAAUAAUUGAUUUCAAGAUGCUCAGAACAAACCGUGUUGAAAACGAGCUAUUAAAGACAGUUGACUUUGUAAUGGCAGAUGGAACUGUUGUGUUCAGAACUUGUGAAGAAGAGCACAGUAAUGUUGUCUUUCAAAUGGGUACAGCAGACCCAGAAAGAGCUCUUAAAACAGCCAAGCAUGUAGAGCAAGAUGUAGCAGCAGUUGAUGUUAAUAUGGGCUGUCCAAAAGAUUAUUCUGUCAAGGGUGGUAUGGGAGCAGCAUUGCUAACCAACCCAGACAAAAUAUAUCAAAUUCUUACAACACUUGUGAAGGGGGUUUAUAAACCUGUUACAUGCAAGAUAAGGAUUCUACCAACAUUGGAAGAAACCUUAAAACUAGCAAGACUAAUAGAGAGCACUGGUGUGGCUGCUUUGGCAGUACAUGGAAGACAAAAGCAUGWGCGAUCAAGUGAGCCUGUCCAUAGUGAUGUACAGCGUGCAAUCACUGAAACUCUAUCAAUACCUGUCAUUGCUAAUGGAGGCUCAUUAGAUAUCAAGACAUUUGAAGACAUGCAAAAGUACAAAUACCAAACUAACUGUACAUCAGUUAUGGUUGCUAGGGCAGCACAGUGGAAUGUGUCAAUAUUUAGGAAGAAUGGUCCAGUUUCCAAGAUAGAAAUGAUGAAAGAAUAUAUCAAAACUGCAGUAGAUUGUGAUAAUUUAUUCAGUAAUACCAAAUACUGUGUCAUCACUCUGCUUCAUGAGGAACGCACAGCUGACCUUGUAAGAAGAGUCACUGCAGCAAAGAAUAUAGAAGAACUUUGUUCCAUCGCUGAUCUUCUGCCCUACUACAAGGAAAGCCAGAAAAAAAGAUUGGAAUACAAGAUAGCCAUGAAUAAAAAGGAUUCAGAACCAACCGUUGUUAAACGAAAACUCAGUGAUACAGAGUGCGAAGUAUUAGAAAUGAAGGUGAAAUUUUUAAGACGCAACUAUUCAGACUCCUCGUCGCCCAAGGCUAUAUUAACCCAUGUCACGAGACAGAGGAAACUCGAGCCUCCGGUAUAUAAUACGGUUAUUGAUGAAGAAACCAAGACUUUUAGAAGUACAGUAACUGUGGAUAACCAAAAAUAUUCCACUAGUGAAUGGGAAAAAAGUAAAAGGCACGCGGAACAAGCAGCCGCUAUCGUGUGUCUUCAAGUGCUUGGAAUCCACGACGGACGAAUUAGAGAUUCAGACGAGGCGCUAGCUUGAACCAAUCGGGCAAGGCACCGAUAUUUGCGUUCUGUCCAAUCAAACUGCUUUGCCGCCAUUUUCAUUUGGCUAGGCACCGAAAAAUUCGCAUUCCAUCCAAUUAGAUUGAUUGGUUUUAGGAAGUCAAUGGAGUCCCAAUGGCUUAUGUUUCCCGCCAUCUUCAUCUGAACCAAUGGCGAGGCACCGAAAAAUUCGAAUUCCCUCCAAUUAGAUUGCUUGGUUUAGGAAGCCAAUGGAGUCCCAAUGGCUUAUGUUUCCCGCCAUUCUCAUCCGAACCAAUGGCGAGGCACCGAAAAAUUCGCAUUCCAUCUAAUCACAAUGGUUGAUUUGAGAAGCCAUUUUAGUGCCAGAGGGGCAAAUGUUUCCAAUCAUUUAUUGAAAAUAUAUGCAUGUAUCAAUGCACGUAAAUUAGAAUAAACACAGUAGGCCCAAGAAAAAUUAUUUUCGCUAAUUUUCCUUUUAGAUUGUACCACUACAAGUUCGUUUAUUAUCUUCAUCAUCAUCGUCUUCGUCAUUAUUAUUAUUAUUAUC